GAACUGGACAAUCAACUUUUCAAAAAAAAUCACCGAAGUAGAUUCAAAGAAAGCACAUAAAGAGAAGCUAAAAGGGGCAUGGCAUGUUAAGUAGUCAGGAAAUCUCUUGAACUUUAAACUUCCACAUCACAGUAUGAAUUGGUUCGAAGAUAAGAAGUAGUAUAAAUUCUCUCUUGUGGACAGGACUGAAUCUCUGCUUUUCCAGAGGCACACACAGCUGAGAUCAUGGCAUUUGACGGCAGUUGGAAAGUAGACCGGAGUGAGAACUAUGAUAAGUUCAUGGAGAAAAUGGGCGUUAAUGUGGUGAAAAGGAAGCUUGCAGCGCAUGACAAUUUGAAAUUGACCAUCACACAAGAAGGGAACAAGUUCACAGUCAAAGAGUCAAGCACCUUUCGCAACAUUGACAUUGUGUUUGAACUUGGUGUCAACUUUACCUACAGUCUAGCAGAUGGAACGGAACUCAAUGGGACCUGGAGCCUUGAGGGAAAUAAACUCAUUGGAAAAUUCAAACGCAUAGACAAUGGAAAGGAGCUGAUUGCUGUCCGAGAAAUUUCUGGUGGUGAACUCAUCCAGACCUACACAUAUGAAGGAGUCGAAGCCAAGCGGAUCUUUAAGAAGGAAUAGGCAAGCUUCUUGGAGCUGGAGCAACACUGAAGAGCUACACUCUUGUUAGACUUCUCUCUCCAUGAUGUCAACGCCAGGAAGAGUCAUCCUUUCAUGAGCAUUGAUAGAUUUCCAGUCUUCUCAAAGCCAGAGAAACUAAUUAGGACUUCAUUUGUUUUAUGUUCCUUCAG